AUGUCCGCAUACGCUCCAGGUGAUAUCAACCCUUCUAACUAUCAUCAAAAUGAGGAGGCCCCACCAGGUCAGCCAAAACACAUGGCAACCGUUUAUCAAUCAAUGAAAUCCUUCAUCCACACCCAAGUCGAAGCAAGACGCAGUGGGAUUGCAAGAAAUCUCCAUGAAGUAAUCCAAAUUGCUCAGGAUAUUCUUCGCGAAGUAGAACUCCAAGAACCGCGUUUUAUAAACACCUUGAAAGCAACCAGUGAAGGAACUAACAAUUCCGGAUCAGUUACCAGCAUUCUUGCUCAAAAAUAUGGCCUGGAUAUUGAUUUGUAUGAAGGUCUACGCGUGAAUUCUUCAAAUGAGUUUGAGGUUAUUUUAUUUCUUAAUCAGAUGGGCGUUUUUAACUUUGUUGACGAUGGAAGUGUUCCUGGAGGAGCGGUUUUGAAACUCUCGGAUGGUCGGAAGAGGAGUAUGUCACUUUGGGUAGAGUUUAUCACCGCUUCUGGUUACCUUUCUGCACGAAAGAUUCGUGCGCGGUUUCAUAGUCUCGUUGCUCAGGCUAUUGAGAAGUCUGCUUAUCGUGCUAUCCUUCAACUCAUUAGUGGAAAUAAUAGUGAAGUGAAGAUUCGAGUGCGAGACCGGUACACCCUUCAAAUCACACCUGCUUUUCGUUGUCAGGGUCUCUGGCCAAGGUCAGCUAAUCAUUGGCCAACUGCAUCAUCACCCGGUUUACUAGCCUGGCCUUGCCCACGACUUCUUGCUGAAGUCAAACAUGAAGGGUUUACACUUCUCAGUCAGGAAUCAAUUUUUACAAGGUCUGACAAGCAGCAGCAGGCUUCUGCGGAAGGUGAUGCAUGGCAGUUAGAUUUCUACGAAGCUGAAGAACGUCUUUUGAGUCAAGGCUCACGCCAACUUUGCCUUAACAUACUCACAACUCUUUUUGAACGUCAUCUAGUUUUGAAUGAUGCCAGGAUGCUUCAUGAUUAUCUAAUUAAGACUUUACUUCUCCACGAAUGUGAAAAACAUCCCAGAGAGGACGAGUGGAAUGAAUACGCAUUGCCAGAUCGUAUCAACGGAAUUUUACUUCAACUUAUCUCCUGUCUUCAACACCGGCAUUGUCCACAUUACUUCCUUCCUCAGUUGGAUCUAUUUGCUCAGUACACGACUCAUAUGUUAGAACUAGCUGCCAGGCGUUGCUGGACUCUACUAAGAAGCCUAAUCACCUGCCCAACUGCAUUCCAAAGAUUGUAA